AUGGGUAUCUCAGACGAUGAUUUUGACUCUGGAGACGCUCUCUUUGACGAUGUCGACGAGGACGAUCUGAUAUUCGACGGCGUCGAAGAAGCGGAACUCAUCGCCAAGACUCCCGGAAAGCACAGCAGAGAGAACGACACUCCGGCCUUGAGUUCCGUUAAAAAGGCCCGUCACGGCUCUGUUAGCACCACCACCAAUGGGCAUCUUGACGAGGCACAAAGGAUUCAGCUUGCGCGCAAGAUCCUACUAGACAACUUCCGCUACACAUCAUUCCGCCAUGAACAAGAGGCGGCCAUAAGUAGACUUCUAGGUGGUGACAAUGCGCUGGUCGUCUUUCCCACUGGUGCAGGAAAGUCACUUUGCUACCAGAUUCCUGCCAUCGCCUUCCCAGAAAUAGAUCGCCAGACCAAUGAGAGACACUCCAACAACUCUGGCAUCACCAUCGUCGUAUCGCCUCUGAUUGCACUGAUGAAGGACCAGGUCGAUGCGCUCAAGAGGAAAGGUGUCGCCGCGGAGUGCAUGGAUUCGACCAAGACGUGGGAUGAAAUACAGCAGAUCAACAAGGAUCUUCGUGAGGGACAGCUGCGUUUGUUGUACUGCGCACCUGAGCGUCUCAACAAUGAAGGGUUUGUCGAGACCAUGAAACGGGUCAAGGGCGGAGUUCGAUUAAUUGGCGUUGAUGAAGCACACUGCAUCUCAGAGUGGGGACACUCUUUUCGUCCUGACUACCUCAAAGUUGCACGAUUUGUUCAAGAGAUUAAAGCAGAACGCGUCAUAUGCUUGACGGCCACAGCCACACCACCUGUCAUUGACGACAUUUGCAAAGCUUUUGAUAUUUCGGAGGAGGGAGUUUUUAGAACAUCCGUCUAUCGUCCCAAUCUGCGCUUGGAGGCUGAGCCUGUCAAGGUCAAGAAGGACAAGUACGAACUAUUAUACAAGUUCUUAAAGGCACAUCCCGGUUCAACCCUGAUCUACGCUACUCUCCAAAAGCAAGCUGAAGAGCUGGCCGAACAUCUCACCAAGAAAGGAUUUCCCGCCUCCUUCUUCCACGCCGGAAUGAAGGUGGAGGAGAAGAAGCUCAUUCAGGACAAAUUCAUGUCUUCCAAGAUUCAAACAGUGGUUGCAACUAUUGCAUUUGGCAUGGGCAUUGACAAGCCAGAUAUCCGCAACAUCAUCCACUGGGACGUCCCAAGUACCGUCGAGGAAUACUGCCAGCAAGUAGGCCGUGCCGGCCGUGAUGGAAAACAGAGCUACUGCAUGCUCUACCUCUGCCGAGAAGACUUUUGGAUCCGUGAGAACUUUGCCCGCGGCGAUCUUCCCUCUCGCAGCUCGUUGCGAAAUCUGCUCAAGGAUAUUUUUGACGACGAUGUGGUCCAACUCUCUCCAGGGGAGACUUUCAAAGUCAGUCAUUACGGGCAGUCAUCUCAGUUUGACAUCCGCGUUAGUCCCCUCAGCGUGAUCUACGCAGCGCUGGAGUUGAGAUUCAACCUCAUCCGCGCCACGACGCCAGAGUACAGCUCGUAUAAAUUCGAGGCUACGUCAAGUUACUACCCCCGCCUCAAGGGUAUCAACACGCCGGAGAGCAAGGCCAUUCUGCAGCAUGCUAAGAAGGCCAAAAAAUACCACUCCUUCGACCCGACUCAGGUGGCUAACACGGAGGGGUUGCGACGUACUGAGCUUGUCAAUCUCCUCAACGAUCUCAACAACAACGGCGUCAUCGUCCUCACUGUCGGUGGCGUUGAACAGAAGUACAAAGUUCUUGCCAAGUUGCCCAAGAGCGACGCUGCGAUUGAUCAACUCACAGACAAGCUCUACGAAGACCUCAAGAGGCGCGAGAAGCAAGCCCUAGAAAGACUCCGAGACGUCGUCAAUCUCGUCACAGCCUCCAAAUGUUUCGGUCUCGCCAUCGCAGAGCAUUUCGGCAUGGAUCUCCCAGAUAGCAAGGGAAAAUGCGGCCACUGCACAUUCUGCCUCACUGGUGCACCCGUAGAGCUCCCGCCUUCAUCGCCAAAGAAGGUGGACAAAGCAGCGAUCAACAAAGUGCUCCAGGUGACAGAUGUGCGAGACGAUGCACGAUUCCUGGCGAGGAUUGCGUUUGGUAUCAAGAGCCCGCGGGUCGGGAAGUUGAAGCUGGAUAAAACUGGAGCAUUUAUGUCGAUGGCGGAUCAGGAUUUUGAUGCGAUAUUGAAGGAGUUCAAGAAGGCGUGUAAGGAAAAGGACGAUUGA